GUUUCGCCGCGCACGGAACAGAUUUUAAUGUCAACUUUGCAAUAACACCUGUGCAAUUAAUUACUGUGCGGAAAUCGUACAGUUCGUCGGUACAGGUUGUGACACGCCACCCGAGCAACGCGCCCGUCCCGAUGUUCGCUAUUCGAGUUGUACAAUGCUCCGCGACAAUUAACUUCGGACGGUGUAGGAUGGAAAUGUACAACAGCCCCAGCAUGAAGAAGAGUUCCAUUCAUGGUGACGAACUCACGCUCAAAGAGCCUCAUAGAAAUGGGAGCACUUAUGGGGCCUUCCAGUCGAAAGAUCCCAUUUUGGAGAUCGAGAAGUCCGGCGACAAGGAAGGCGGAAACAACGAGCACGGGAUUUCCGUGAAUCAUCCGACCUCGUAUUUAGAAACAAUGAUGCACCUGUUCAAAGGUAACGUCGGCUCGGGUAUAUUUGCGUUGGGGGAUGGAUUCAAGCAUGCCGGAUUACUGCUGGCUCCGCCGCUUACGAUCUUCCUAGGGGUGAUUUGUGUUCACGCGCAACACGUUCUCCUGAAAUGCAACGCGGAGGUGACGCGGCGAGUGAACGAUCCGACGGCCACGUCUGGAUUCGCCGGUACUGUGGAAAUGUGCUUCGCCACCGGCCCUCUGUCACUCCGAAAAUACUCCGUGUUUAUGAGAAAAAUGGUUAAUAUAUUUUUAUGUGUCACGCAACUCGGAUUUUGCUGCGUUUAUUUCGUUUUCAUUGGCACGAAUAUGAAGCAGGUGUUGGACGUGUACGGGAUCCAGUUGGACGUCCAUCAACACAUGGCUGUGGUCCUGAUCCCCAUAAUGCUGAGCACGUGGAUCAGGAAUCUGAAAUACCUCGUGCCGGUCUCGUCGCUGGCGAAUUUUCUAGUGAUCGCUGGCUACGUCGCCACCAUGUACAUAAUGUGCCACGAUCUGCCGCCGAUCCGCGAGAGGGAUUACGUGGCCCAGUGGCACGAUCUCCCCCUGUUCUUCGGCACUGUGAUAUAUUCUUUCGAGGGUAUCACGCUGGUGUUGCCCCUGAAGGAUGAGAUGAAGAAACCGAGUAAUUUCAGUAAGCCGUUUGGAGUCUUAAAUGUCGGUAUGGUCAUUGUGGGCGCCAUGUUCGUCGCGAUGGGUUUCAUAUCGUAUUUAAAAUAUGGCGACACGGUUGCUGGAUCGGUCACGUUAAAUCUCGAGUCGAAAGAAGUGGUGGAUGGAAAAAUCGUCGUCGUGCAUUCAAGUUUACCACAGUGCAUUAAAGUUGCCAUCUCGUUAAGUAUAUUGUUCACGUAUGCACUGCAAUUUUACGUUCCUGUCGCGAUCAUGUGGCCAGGAUUCGUGAACCAAUUCGGCCCGUUCAGGUGGCCAGUUCUAGCGGAGACUAUUUUCCGGUCUUCGUUAUGUUUGCUCACGUUUGUGCUAGCAGAAGCGAUACCUCAACUGGGCCUGUUCAUAUCGUUGGUGGGCGCAGUGAGCAGCACCGCGUUAGCUCUGAUCUUUCCGCCGAUCAUCGAGAUGGUGGUCUGCUGGCAGAACGCGUCGCUCGGUUUGUUCACGAUGACGAAGGACGUCGUGAUAGUACUGAUAGGACUGCUUGGUUUCGCCACCGGCACAUACGAGAGCAUCACCUCUAUCAUCGUGGCGUUCAGCAAGAGUAAUUAAGCUAGCGUUUGUAGAAAUAUCGAAUCGUUAAUUUUACUUGUACACACACGCGCACACGACAUACAAACACACACACACACACGCGCGCGCGCGCACAUGCGCGCACCCGCGCGCACCCACGGAAUCAACUUGUUCAUGACAUUUACGCGAACAUAGGCUGCGAUUGUUGGUAAAGCAGAGAUCUCCUUCCCGGAAGGAGCUUUCGCAUAAUUGUGUUAUUUAUUAGUAGACUGCGGAUAUUUAUGCGAAAUAUAACAAAUUGUCUGCCUAAAUUGCAAGACAUGAGUGUCGAGCACAAGUGUCCUGCUUUCUUUUUUUAAUAACUUCAAUGAGUUCGAACUGA